GCUUACCCACGAGGGACCAGUGCACCGUACAAAUACAAGAGAUUGCCACUAUCUCCGUCUUGCUCCUGAUCUUUGGUGACUGCAGUUGUUUGUCAGCGAGAAGGCCAUUCUUUACCGUAUGUUCUUCGAACAAGUGGCCGCCUCUAUUUUGUUCAUUUAUUGCGGUCACUUUAUGCCCCCGCAACAUCGAGCCCAAUCCAAGCUCAGAUCCCUUGUCACGGCUCCCAUCCGAUUUGCAGGAGUUGUUGGUCCAGUCGUGAUUGACCUAAGCAACAUCGAGCAACCCUGAUCAAAGUACCGGCCGGACCAGGAAAAAGUCUCCUGUCUUUUGCAUAGGGCUAGAGCACGCUCUUUUGCUACGGAAGUACCUUGUCAACUAGCCCUUAGCCACUGGUCUCGUUGGCUCGGUGCGAGCUCUGCAGCUACUCUACCUCUACCACUCAGGAGUCUUCGUUAGACUCUUCAGAAACGCACAACGAGCAUCCGCAGAUACGCGCGUGUCCAACAGACUCGAACCAUCCUCGACCUUUCCGAAAAUAUCCUCAUAUGCGCAAGCAAAUCUCCUGCCACGCUUACAUACACUCUGAUCGACUUCUUGGUGCCAAAGUACUUCGACUCGCAUAUAUCCACGUCCUGUGCUGUUUCUGCCUCUCCAGUAUCUUGGCUUUUUGUCCCACCAUAGCGAAUCGACGAAUAUUGUCAUCAGUCUCAGACCGUCAACAUGGGCUCUGAUAGCCCUGAAGAUUUUUGGCUGUUUGGCUAUGGGAGUCUUAUCUGGAAGCCACCUCCGCAUUUCGACCAACGAAUCCCGGGUUAUAUCCAAGGCUAUGUCCGGCGAUUUUGGCAGGCUAGCGAGGACCAUCGAGGUACUCCUGAGGCCCCAGGCAGAGUGGUGACAUUGAUUGAGAAGUCUUUCUGGGCGACGCUCGAUGAUCCUCAACGCCACACUGAAAAAGAUUAUGUCUGGGGUGUCGCGUACCAUAUCAUACCUUCCAAAGCCAAAGAAGUCCAACAAUAUCUUGACAUUCGCGAAAUCAACGGAUACAGCAUUCAGUAUACUCCAUUCCAUCCGGCCGACACAAACCUUGCAGAUAUUCGUUGUUUAGUAUACAUUGGCAUGCCUGAUAAUCCUCAGUUCCUAGGCGCUCUUCAUCCUCAAGAUGUUGCCGAAACUAUCAACUCCAGCAUCGGCCCUAGUGGUGAGAAUCGAGAAUAUCUCCUCCACCUGGAAAAGGCUUUGGAGAGCCUGAGCAACGACAGCCAUGACGAGCAUAUCACUGACUUGGCCCGGCGGGUUCGUGCACUGCUACCACCAGACCGUACCAUACCACUCCACAUGUCGACACAUGCCUUGAAAAGGGUCAGUAGCACCGAGGAGCAAGAAGAGAUUGAGAAAGUGUUAUGAUUGUGUGCUGAUCACCAGAAUAUCGUCCAACAUUUGUACGAUUGGCCGGCAAGGCUCUUAAUACAAAUUCAAGAAUCAUAACCCGCGGCUCGAAACAUUCUUUAUUCACCUGACGGACGCAGGGGGUAUCUUCAUGCAAUCAAUCCCAACUGUGAGAAGUACUUCAUCUAUUGACGGUAGGACCCCCCUGACCCGUAAGGGUCGUUGGGACCUUGCGAUUGCCCUCCACCGUAAGGUCCGCCCGGAUUUUGGUAUCGUGGAUCGUACUGUUGAUACUGAGGAUUGAACGCAGCGCCGCGUCCGUAGGACGUCGAGUUUGAAUUUCGUGUUUGGCCGCCCAUCUGACCAUAACCUCCGGCCAUGCCUUGGGAAGAUGUGUAUCCUGCUCUUCCAGAGAAGCCGCCACCUCGACCUUGCCCGCCCGAUCUGUUGUCUUGCGCAUGGUCUACUCGAAUCAAGCGACCAUCGAAUCUGUCACAUUGGUCAGCAUUGCCUUGUUAUCGGCGCCCGUUAAGCUGUCUCACUCUGUGUUGUUCAUGUUUUCUAGCGCCUGGUCGGCCUCUUCUUUGGUGGCGAACCUGACAAAUCCAAACCCGCGGCUUCGGUUGGUAUCACGAUCUUUUACAACAACCUGCAAACUAUCAGCAGCAGAAUAUGAGAGGUGAUCGCAAGUACUGUACAGCUUCUUCGACCUUUCCGAAUCGCUGAAAGCCUUCGUUGAGAGUUUCAUCGGUUGUAUGCCAGGCAAGGCCCCUGCGGAGAAAGUGUCAAUGCAAGUAUUCAAAUGGAAAAGGGUAGCUUGUGGCCGCGGACCCGAUAAAAAGCUUCGCCAUGAUGCAAUGGACAGGCGCAGGCAGAUACUUCUUGAUGGCUUAUGAUAAAGGCCUUGAGAAAUGAGGUUUCACGGCGGCGGUCUGUGAUGCUCGCAGCGUACACCGCACGAGGUCAGAGUGGUGCGAGAUGAACAAUAGUCAAUCGCCUGCCUCCUUUGGGGAUCUAAUUGGUUGAAAAAUUACAACGGGCUCAUGCAAUCCAUCCCUUAGAUCGUAUGCAUGCCGGGCCCCAAUCCAGGAUCUUGCGUCAAUACCGAAAUUUCUCGAGCUUCGUGCGUCGACGGCGAAGGAAACAGCAGAAGCAACCCUUUGGAUACCAAGAGGUGGGCAACGAGUGGGACAACGGGGUCAGGUUAGGACAGAGAUAUGAACUGUCUCGAAAUGAGAAAUACAACAAAGACCUCGAGUGCUGCAGCGAUAGGCUGUUGACUCAAGAUUUGCCGGAGAAAUAGUCCCAGGAAAGAGGUCUAGAUGACGAUUAUGGUUGAUACAGAUAACCCCGUCCCCCCCUCAAAGAGACAACGAAUUGCGGCAGCAUGCUGAAGACAAAAUUCCCGAAUGCAUAAACCUUGAGAGUGUGUGGAGUCUCAUUGCUUCGCCAUGCGCUGACCGCUGGGGGGACUCCUCGUGAUGCGGUGAUGUAAGAAGGCUCGAAUUCAGUUGACAGUUGGUGUCAAGAGAGGUGCCAAUACGAUGAAGAUCAAGCCCAUGAGAAGGCGGGUCAGGGUUCGAACCUAACCAAAAGAGAAGCCUAAACAAGAGCCGGCAGCAAGUCACCGUCGUCGGCAAAGCGUUGUGCACGACCCCUGUUCCUUGAAAUACGAUCUCAUUCCUUUAUGCCGGGGCGAGAAAUGGCACAUCAGCCCUAUGUGAAGCAGACGUGCAUCCCAACGCCCUUCAUGCUUUUGCACUCUGCAGGGCUUCGAAAUGAAGUCUGAAAAUCAAUAUGGAGGGGACUGAGGUGACGGCACGGCUCAUCGUGGGGACCUUUCAAUACGAAUAUGAGGCAUUGGGUCCCCCCUCUCUCGUGCCCAUCACCGAACGCCCUAAGCGAUGUCCAUUAUUACACUUCCAUCUCCCAGUCAUGAGGAGUCCCAAGUCAGGACGGACAGAGGACAAUGACUGGCGGUAUACGAUUCGAGCCGCCGUAGACUAACAGUGGGUUUUUUUAGGUGCUAGACGACUGCGACACUGAAGUGAUUGUCGAAUGACCCGACGCGGUCAACGAACCGCAUUCCCCUUUAACACGGGCCCUAGAGACUUGGAAAUGGAUGAUCUUAUCAUACGAAUUCUCGACUGGCGCUGUCAAGUGAAGCGCACCCCGCUGACAGGAGCAACCUCGAAGCCGAAGGACCCGAUGGUCGGAACGAGGGGUUACGCAAAAGUGUUUCCAAGGGUCAAAAGAAGUACGAUCAGACAAAGUUUGAGCGGCCUCUCAGAAGAAAGGAAUGGCACGUUGUGGGCGUGGAUGGGAAUGUGGUGGAGGAGCGUGUCAUCUCAUUCUGAUCAAUGGGAGGAUUUCUGUUGGGUCGGGGAUGGACAUGCUUGCAAAGCACCCGAGGCUUGAGUCAAGGUGAAGAUGAUACGGAGCAGCGAUUGUGCCCAUGAGUGGCUGCUGGGCAAUCUGAAGGGUGGUGAAGGAGCGUGCUCAUUUGGAUGGUUGGCUCCAGGUGGUUCGUUCCAUGAAGGACACUGCAGCGACACUAAUAGAGCAGACGCCACCGGGUCUAGAGAGCAUGAGGUGAAGCGCCUACAACCAAACAGCUUGGCUUCUGCCGUUUGACUCG